AUGGCAAAGCAUUCUAAGGACGUCAAGAUUCAUCAAAGUCCUAAUUCUCAAAGGCAAGAUUCAUCACCCUCUAUAUCUGAUUCAUCAGAUGGUGUAGGUCACUUCUCUGACUUAGACGAUAACUCAGAUGCUGGUAUUCUUUCAAACAGUUCAUCGUCUAAUCCAUCCCAUUAUGCUUCUUCCGAAACAUUAUCGACAACUGAGGAUUCAUGGUCGGUUAUAGUGGGUGAUGAAGGAGUUUCAGACGCGGAACAUGAUCAAGAGGUUGGUACGCAGACUUUUGUUAAUGGUGAAAUUUCAGCCGUGAGUUCGAAUGGUGAUUUUCGUGGAGUUAAGCCAUCGUCAGAUGAUCUUUUGGAAACUCCAAGAGGCUCAAUACAGACGUUAAAAGGUGAAGGAGUUUCAUCUUCUUCUGCUUAUACUGAGAGAGCAUUCAUUGCUUCCAUUGAUCGCAACAAGAUUGAUGUGACUGAGUAUACGUGUGCAACAGAACUGAAAUUUGAUUUGUGGGAAUCUGUGAGAGAAAACUCCGAGUAUUGUGUGAGCGAGUUUUUGAAGAUGCUGAUAUAUGUCAGGAAGUACUUGCAGGCACAUCGGGCAAUUUCAUUUUCUAUGGCAAUUUUUGCCAUCAUCUGUGUUAUAGGAAGAGCAGUGUACAUGUUUGAUGAUUACUUAUGGAAAAAUAGUAUUUUAAACAAGUCUCUUCCUGUAAACUACAUUGCUGAUCACCCUAAUUAUAAGGCGCUUUAUGAGAAGGUAUGUGACAAUACGCAGGAGAAUUUACACAAUGAGCUUACCCACUGCAUUGCGGACUUUUUUUCUACUCAUCCGCAGGCAAAUAAUUAUCGUGAAUGUUUUGACAGGUAUGAACAAGGGUUGGGGCAAGAUGCAGAGUUUUGUGGUUUUGAUGUGGAUAAGCUACUAAGAAAGGAAAUGUGGAAAUAUUACGGAUCGUCUUUUCAGCAAUCACGUGAGCUUUUCCAGAUUGCAACCUCGAAACUUUUUAAGGGAUUUGUUUCGUGGAGUGUAAGCAGUACACAAGCUCUGGGUAAAAAAACGGUUACAUCAUACACUAAGGUGCGGAAUUUGAUACAAAAGGAUGGCACCGAAGAAGCUAGACAUUUGUACAACCGAUAUUAUGAACUUCAGAUCCAGUUAAUUAAUAACUGGAGCAAGUUGUAUAAUGCUUCCAAAGCAAGAACUGUGAAGAUAUACAAUGGCCGUAUUGUUCCGAUGAUUAAUGCAGGAUUAUCCGGUUGUGAAAGCAUAUACCUGAAUCAAUUGAUACCAUUAAAUAAAACUUUUCGAAAGUUUUAUGAUCAAAAGAUUGUGCCCACAGCUAGAGAAUCGUAUUCUAGGAUAAAAUCCUUCCCUUUCCGAAAGCAUGCUGAUGAACUUCAUCAAGAAGUUUUGCGCCUGAACAAAACAAUUGGCAGCUUUUUGAAUAGGAAGGUGAAAGAUAUCGAGAAGGCAGUCAGCAAUAUAUUAGCGACGGUAUAA